AUGUCGCAGACGCCGCGCAAAAGUGAGUCCCAACGUUCGGAAGACAGCUCUCUCUCUCUCUCUCUCUCUCUCUCUGACUAUCCUCUGCAAUUCAAGUGCGACGGCAAUAAACCGUCCUGCACACGAUGUCUGCAUCGCCAGCUGUCUUGCAGCUACACGACGGAAGGAGAUAAUCGUGGGACGGCACCGAAGUCAUAUGUACGACUGCUGCAGGCCCGCAUCGAGCUGCUGGAACGAAUUCUGCGUCUACAUAACAUCGAUAUUUACGACUCAAUGGCCGAGCUCCUGCUGCUCGACAACCGCGAUAUAUCGCUGUUAUCGGCUACAGAGCAAUCAACGUCCAGUGUUGAUCAGCUAUGCACUGCCUUCGAAGGUAUCUUGUCUCUCGACGAGGCCCUCAACUUCGAGUCAGAAAGCGAACCUCGGUUCUUUGGGCUGACUAGUGGUCGACUGAGCUUCAUGGCCAUCUCAAAUGACAAAGACAAUCCGCAUCUCAGCAGGUCCAUUCAGAGCCCAAACAUACAUAAUCAAGCUCUCGCUCGCGAAAACUGGGGCAUUCCAGAGGAGCUCGAGUCGCAUCUACUCGAUUUGUACUUUACCUGGGAGCAGCCUUGGUUUCAGGUUGUCGACGAGGCCCUGUUCUACAAGAGCAAAAAUAAUUACGGCCGCUUCUACAGCCCCUUGUUACUCAACUGCAUUCUGGCUAUUGCAUCCCGCUACUCGGACCGAAUUGAGGUCCGAUCUGAUCCCACUGAUGCUAAUACCGCCGGAUGCAUUUUCCUAGAAACAGCCGAAGUGCUGCUUCAUGUCGAUCUCAAGAGUCCAACCAUCACGACUCUCCAGUCUCUCGCCAUUCUUGGAGUGACCUAUUGGGCCGGGCUUGCACAAUGCUUCCGCUCACUUCUCGUCUCCUUUCAGCAUGCUCUCAGCGGCUUAAGCCAAAUUCUCGAACAAAUUCUAUGCACCCUUUACUCCCCAAAACCAGCUCAUGGAAACCGCAAAAGAAGCUUCUUUGACUCAUGCCUUCUCACACUAAACACCUGGCAUUACGACCUUUCACCGGAGCUGAAGCCUCUUAGAGGUGCCAUUUCGACUCGCUUUCCACAAGCCUAUACUUUGUGCAUGACCUACCAUACCAGUGUUCUUCUUCUAGCCAAACCAUAUCUCCGGGAUUCACAGGAUCUGUCACAACACCAAAUAGACGCUGACAGCAUCACCACAAAAGCAGAAGAUCUCUAUAAGGAGACAGCAAAGCAGAUAUGCUCUCUAAGUGAACAGUACCGAAAAACAUGGGGUAGCUUUCGACAAAGUCCGAUCACGGCGACUCAUUGUACUUUAUCUGCCGCUCUUGGUCUAUUUCGUACUUUAUCCCAGGAAAAAGAGAAAGAGUCUGUUGUGGAUGCCGUCUUGAAGAACUUUGAGACUUGUCUUAAAACGUUGCAGGAGCUCUCGGUCGCGUGGACACCUCCACGCAAAUACUAUCAUAACCUGCGCCGGAUGAUGCACGAUCAGAGCACAGCGGACGACCAAGUCGAAAUUAACAACUCGGAUAGUAUUACAGAACUUGGGGAUGAUUCUGGGCAAAAUACUGAUCAGGAAGCAAAUAUCGAGAGAGAGCGGACUUUUUCAACGAAUGAAAUCGGUUUCAACAGCCUAUGGCCUACAUGGUGA